ACCCAAACCACAGUUAAAGUGAACCGCAGUAACCAAUCCGUUUCUCCUGCCCCACUUAGUCCUUCGUUACUAAGCAUGAGAAGAAGGUUUACCCAAAACUCUCUCCUCUCAAAACCCUAAAUCCCAAUCAUCACAUCUUCUCUCUCUCCUCGAUCUCCUUCCUGAUUCUGUGUUUUGACAUAAAGAAGGGUUGGAUUGUUAUUGCGCUGAAGAUGUCUGGAGCUUUAGAUAUGACUCUUGAUGAAUCUAUCAAGAGGGCCAAGGCUGCUAGGUCUGGAGGAGGAGGAGGAGGAGGAGGAAGAGGAAGUUCCCGCCGUGGCCGUGGUGGUGGUCGUGGUCAUGGUCAUGGACCUAAUGGGUUUCUUGGUGGUGGAAGAGGAAACGGACCUGCUCGUAGAGGCCCUCUUGCUGUCAAUGCUCGGUCCUCAUCUUUCACCAUUAACAAGCCUGUUCGUAGGACCAGAAGCGUGCCAUGGCAGAAUGGCUUGUUUGAAGAUGGCCUAAGAGCUGCUGGAGUGUCAGGGGUUGAUGUUGAAACCAGGCUCCAUAUUACCAACCUAGACAACGGUGUGACAAACGAUGAUAUAAGGGAACUCUUCUCUGAGAUUGGGGAGCUAAAACGUUAUGCGAUUCAUUUUGACAAAAAUGGGCGGCCAAGUGGCACAGCUGAAGUGGUGUAUCCACGAAGAAGUGAUGCAAUUCAAGCUCUGAAGAAAUACAACAAUGUGUUGUUGGAUGGAAGGCCAAUGAGACUUGAGAUUUUGGGUGGAAACAACUAUGAGGCUCCUCCUUUAUCUGGUCGUGUGAAUGUGAAUGUCUCUGGACUCAAUGGAAGGCUGAAGAGGACCGUCGUUAUCCAGCAAGGAGGAGGGAGAGGUAUUGGUAGAUUGAGAGGGAGAGGGAGAGGGAGAGGAGGAAGAGGUCCAGCUCCUACUGUCAAUCGCCUUCCAAUUCAAAACCGGCAAGGAGGGGGAAGGGGUGGGUUUCGUGGUGGUAGAGGGCGUGGUGGACGUGGUCGUGGUGGUGGAAGAGGGAAUGGGAAGAAGCCAGUGGAGAAAUCGGCUGCUGACCUUGACAAGGAUCUUGAGAGCUAUCACGCAGAUGCCAUGAACACUUCUUAAAAAAGCCUCAAAAAAGAAUCAGUGUUGGUUCGUUACUACUUAGGCUUGUGUGUUUGUUUGUUACUACUUAGUCUCAGUGGUUGAGAUAUGAUGUGUUGUGCUCUUCGUUUUGUGUGAUUUUAGUUUUGUUUGGAGGUUGGUACUAGUGUUCAGUAAAUGAGGAAUGUUUGUUUCAAAAAGAUAGAAAGGUGCUUCAUAAUUCUAAACUCGUGAUGCAAAA